UUCUACCGUGGGGGCUAUCUUUCUCCGAAGCUCCCUUUCUUUCUCAUCUCUCUCCCCACUCCCAUAGUAUUUAUUCUAUCAUACCAUCCAUCCAUCUAUCUAUCUAUUAGACUAUUAACCAAAGAAAUCAUCCAUCUAUCAUCUAGGUACGUAGCUAUUUAAUUACUACCCUAGAUCGAUCUCUCUCUCUCUCUCUGAUCAGUAAGUAAAUCAAAUGGCCGGCGGUCAGAAUGAGUCACCGUGCUGCUUCCAAGACUCUUUGCCUCUGAUGGCCGAUAAGUUAGGCGGAGAAGGCCUAAUCGGAGAGCUCUGCAAGGGAUUCCGCUUACUAAUGGACGGAGAAAAAGGAGUUAUCACUUUCGAUAGCCUAAAGAGGAAUGCGGCCUUAAUGGGGCUCCAGGAGUUGACGGACGAAGAUCUCCGAAGCAUGAUCACAGAAGGAGACUGCGAUGGCGAUGGAGCGCUGACCCAGAUGGAAUUCUGCGUUUUAAUGUUCAGAUUAAGCCCCGAUCUUAUGGAACAGUCGGACCUCUUCUUGGACGAAACUUUACAACAGAACCACGAACACCACUUGUUUAAACAUUAUUAACCCAUUAUUAUUAUUAUUUUACUAAAAUAUUGUAAUCCAUCUAUAUUUAUCUUCAAAAUUCUUGAUUCAUUGCAAAAAUAAUUAAUUAAUAUAUCAUUUUCAAACAAUCAUAAUAAUAAUAAUAGGACUGUAAAUUUCAA